UAUUUUUGUAAAAAAUGAAGUUUUUAUUAAUUUUAGUUUUUUGCAUCGCUGGAGCUAUGGCUGUACCAUUGACACCAGAGCAACAGACUUUGUGGUCAAAUCAUAAUAAUUAUAAUCAAAAUGCUGAAUUUCAGAUGUUUAUAAUUUUGAGAAAUAACUUUCAAAUUUUUCCACAAAUCGCUUCAAACGAUUUUGUUGGCUUAUCCAAAAAGGCAAAAGAUGUUAUAAAUUUUUUGACAGAAGCUUCCAACGUCCUUGGACAGGAUUCACUCGACGCAGACAUCAGGAUUAAUUUAAUAAAUAUGGUGCUUGAUUUGGGAAUCAACAAAGGUGCCUUUUUUGAAUUUAGGAUUGCAAUGACAUCAUUUUUGAAUGAACAAUAUAAAUUGGAGCCUCGAGUUCAGGAUGAUUGGAUUAACGCAUUUGAUCUUAUUUAUUACGCAACUUUUAAACAAUUAAACUUUGAAUGUUAUUUCCUUAAAAACAAUUAA